CUUCUUCGGGGCGAGUAUUAGUUAGCUUUUGUUCGCAGUCACGUCAUGCCUCCGAAGGAUGAAAGCUGUAAAUAAGAACAAUAACCUAAACUUGUUCGGUUCCCGCGCACAAACAUGAGCAUUCGCGCGCCAUAAUCCGGCCGAGCGUCACCUUUCCCGCUGGUUUAUAGCUGGAAACUGCACGGAGUCACUGCUCGCGUCCUCUAUGUUCAAAUUGCAAAUUCUUAAGAAUUUUAUAAUGGCUACAAGGAAUAUAGCUCUACGCAAUUACUCACCUAAAGUAAAAAGCCUAACAAUAGGCGACAAGCUGAUCUUAUACGGCGACGAGGCGUCUCCGCCCGUGCGGUUCGUUCAGAUGACAGCCUCCAUCCUCGGUAUUGUCCUCGACUUCCGUACCGUCGACCUCUUUUCUGGUGAAAAUAAGACAGAGUUCUACAAAAAUAUCAACCCGCUGCAGAAAGUGCCAUGUUUAAUGACGCACGACGAGGUGUUAGCGGACAGUCAGGCGAUCGGACUGUACUUAUGCCGGCGUUGGGACACCGAGCACGUGCUCUACCCCCCAGGCGACCUGGAACAAGCACGCUGCGAUGAGAUCUUGUUCUAUAAUGCCACCACGCUCUUUCCCAUAGACAGCGAUAUCUAUACAAAAUUUUUCGCUGGAAUUCCAGCCAGCAAAGAAAGAAUUGAAGAUUGGUUAAAAGCAUUGGACUUUUUAGAAAACAGGCUGAAAGAUCAUACUUGGCUUGCUGGAGAUAGAAUGAUGCUUGCUGACAUAUGCGCUGUGGCGACGAUAUCAACGAUGCUUUGUUUAAUACCAUUAGCAGACCAUCAUGUUAAACUGAGGCACUGGUUUAAUGAAAUUGAGCAGCAACCUUUCUUUAACAUUAAUAAACGAGGCUUAGAACGUUUGACGAAAUUUAUAACCGCAGUUAGAGUUGGAAGAUUUCAGCCAGGAAUAAACCUUGAUCAAAACUGAACAAAAACAAAUGUUUGCAUUGAAAAAUACAGAAUAUGGCAUAUAUUUAACUUUUAGUGUAUUUUAU